CCCGUCCUCGCUUCUGUUGCGCGGAGGAGAAAAGGGGAAACUUUCCCAGAGUUCCUUCCAGCUGCCCGGGUCCCCAAAGGGGGUGAAUAGCAGCAGCGGGGAGGGGCGGGCGCGGCUGCCUUUUGGUGAGGACGGGGUGGCGCGAGAGAACACCGCUCCGUCCCGGAGAGGCCUGACAGGGUCGGGCUGGAGCAGCGGGAGGCGCAGGAGCGCCGUGGCCCUGCAGUCACCCCUAGGCCAGGCUGCCGGGGCGCACACCUCGCCCCGCCCGCUGCCUGCGGAGCUGCCCCCGCCGGGCGCGUCCUUCCCGCCGCGGGGCUUUCAGGUGGCAGCGACCCGCCUCCCUGACGUUUUCUCCCCGUGCGCGGGGCCGGCCCGGAGUAUCAGAUGCACCCACUAGCCGAGCCGCACGGGGGUACACCGAGGCCCAGGGCUGCACCGAGACGACCGCACCCGGAGCGCGGGAGCAGGAGCGGUCCACAGGCGCGCUCUGCGCCGGCUGUCCCGUCCCCCUGAGGAAUCAGCGGCCACAGCCGGGACCAGGGACCCGCCCCCCGAGGGGCAAAGGGCGUGAGUGCCGCGGGCGGCCCGGGCAGUGGGCACCCGGGCCGAGGGCGGCGCGUCUGGGAGGGUCACGUGCAGGAACCGGAAGCCCGGCCACCUGCGCGGUUCACUCGGCCUGCUGGGCCCGUGUCCCCUGGCCGAGGGCUGGGACUCGGCGUCCCUCCCGCCCGCUCGCGGCCAUGGCCACGCCCGGGGACUCGCGGCGCCUCUUCAGACUGGUGCAGGAGGGCCGGCUUCGCGCCCUGCGGGAGCAGCUGCAGGCCGCCGGAGGCCCCCAGGGCUUGGCGGGAGACACCCUGCUGCACUGUGCCGCCCGCCAUGGACGCCGGGACACCCUAGCCUAUCUGGUGGAAGCCUGGGGCAUGGACAUCGAGGCUGCCAACCGAGACUACAAGAGGCCUCUGCACGAGGCGGCCGCCAUGGGACACCGGGACUGCGUGUGCUACCUGCUGGAUCGAGGGGCGUCCGUGGACUGCCUGAAGAAGGCCGAUUGCUUGUCACAGAAUGAAGUGCCUGCCUUCGAGAAAGUCCUGAUCUCCUGGGAAUCAGAAACACGGAAGAGGGCUGGGGGUGCAGCUGAGUGGUACACUGAGCCUAAGCUUGUCCUGGUUGGCUUUAGGACUCCUCUAAUGAUGGCUUGCACAAGAAAGAAUCUCGAGGUGAUCCAGGACCUUGUGGAACAUGGUGCCAAUCCACUCCUCAAGAACAAAGACGGCUGGAACAGUUUCCACAUUGCCAGUCGAGAAGGUGACCCUCUGAUCCUCCAGUACUUGCUCACUGUUUGCCCAGAUGCUUGGAAGACAGAGAGCAAAAUUAGAAGAACUCCUCUGCACACUGCAGCAAUGCAUGGCUGUUUAGAAGCAGUCAAGGUGCUUCUUACAAGGUGCCAGUAUGAACCCGACUGCAAAGACAGCUGUGGUAUUACCCCCUUCAUGGACGCAAUUCAGUGUGGUCACAUCGACAUAGCCAGGCUGCUCCUCGAAACACAUGAGGCUUGCCCUUCAGCUGAGGACAACCUGGGGGCCCAGGCGCUGCACAGGGCAGCGGUCACUGGGCAGGAUGAAGCCAUCCAGUUUUUGGUGUCCGAUCUUGGCAUCAAUGUAGAUGUGAGAGCAGCAACAACCCACCUCACAGCGCUUCACUAUGCAGCUAAGGAAGGGCAUACAAGCACAGUUCAGACUCUCUUAUCCUUGGGUGCUGACAUCCAUGCUAAAGAUGGAAGACAUCGAUCAGCCCUGCAUCUGGCCUGUGCAGGCCAGCACUCGGCUUGCGCUGAGUUUCUCCUGCAGUCCGGCCUGAAGGAUUCCGAAGACGUAACGGGCACCCUGGCUCAGCAGCUUGCAAAGAGAGCAGACGUCCUUCAGGGUUUCAACCACAGCCCCGUGACGUAAGAACGUUCCUAAAGGGAGAUAAUAAAGUGUGUGCGAGUUCAUACGCUGCGUCUUACGUCACUAACAGAGUCAGUAAAAUUCCUCAGUGUGCAGCAUUUUCGUCUCCUCCUGCUUCCCCCCUGCACUCUCCUCUUCCACGGGGGUGUCCCAGGUGACCAGCACUGGGUUCCCAGCCUGUGCCUGGCAGGUUGUAAGAUCCACAGUGCAGGCAGAGUCUUUCCCUAGUCCAUAUUUCACUUCUUUCACCCUAAAAGGAGAAUUAGAUAAUAUUGAUGAAGUUAGUUUCUGGAAUCUUUAGAAAGACAUCUAACAUACAUAAAUACAAGAUACACACUUUUAUAAAUAUAUGUACGUGUGUUGCAAUAUUGUAUGGUAAGCGGAUGAAGAUAUUUAAAAUAUAAAUUGCUGUUAACUAGAGCCGUAAGAUAUAAUUGAUCUGUUUUAAUUUCUCCCUUCAUAGGCUUUUACUUUUCCAUUACCAUGGUCCACUUCUGGUUUCAUAGCCGGGAGGGAAAUGUUUAUUAUCUGUUUCCACAGAAAUGUACUAGGGAUUAAUGAAAACUUUUCUAAUUAAACUAUAAA